ACCUUUGCUUCACCAGAUUUGUGUUGCCUCUUGAACACGAAGCUCUGAAAGCCGUAAACUUUUCUACCUUCUAGUGUUCUUCGUCGUUGUUAACUGAAACUGCCAAGAUGUUCUCUGCUCAGAACAAGAUCCACAAGGACAAGGGUGUGGCACCAACAGAGUUUGAAGAGCAAGUUGCUCAGGCUUUCUUUGACUUGGAGAACACCAACCAGGAGUUGAAAAGUGACUUGAAAGAUCUGUACAUUAACCAAGCAGUUCACAUGGAUAUUUCUGGCAGCCGCAAGGCUGUUGUGAUUUACGUUCCAUUCAGAUUGAGGAAAGCUUUCCGCAAGAUUCAUCCUCGUCUUGUCAGAGAGCUUGAGAAGAAGUUCAGUGGAAAAGAUGUCAUCUUUGUUGCCACCAGAAGAAUCAUGCGUCCCCCAAAGAAAGGCUCAGCUGUUCAGAGACCACGCAACAGAACUCUCACUUCCGUCCAUGAAGCAAUGCUUGAGGAUGUCGCUUACCCUGCUGAGAUUGUAGGAAAGCGUACCAGAUACCGUGUUGAUGGCACCAAAGUCAUGAAGGUCUAUUUGGAGCCUAAGGAGAGGAACAACACUGAGUACAAGCUCGAGACAAUGAUUGGUGUGUACAGAAAACUUACAGGGAGAGAUGUAGUUUUCGAGUACCCAGUCACAGAAGCUUGAAGAGAUGAACGUUUGUUCGAUUCUUUUUUUGUCGGAUAGCUCUUUUGAUUCUGUUCGCGAGUAAAACUCUUUGGAAAGAUGUUCUUGUUUCAGUAACUUCAGUUCUUCUUUCAAGUUCUAUUUACAAGACCCUUCUCUUCGUCAA